AUGCCUUUGAAUAUUAUUGGUAGUGCAUUAAUCGAUGGUGCUGACAGUAUCCCAUAUUUCGAUACAAUUAAGAAAGUUGCACCAUAUGCUAUUGGUGCAGGGGCUAUAAAAUAUUGGUCAAGAGGUGCUAGUAACAUUUGGGAAAGGAAUUUACAUGGUAAAGUUUAUAUUGUUACUGGUGCUACUACCCAAGGGAUGGGUACAUCCGUUGUGAUGAAGAUGGCAGAAUUAGGAGCGCAAUUGAUUAUUUUAACUAGAAAUGUUGAUGAAUGGACAACAGAUUGGUGUAACAAUCUAAGAUAUAGUACUAAUAAUCAUAUGGUAUACAUUGAGAAGUGUGAUAUUAGUGAUUUAUGGGAAAUCCGUAAAUUUGUUACAGGGUGGUUAGAUCAGUCUCCUCCAAGAAGGUUGGAUGGUGUUGUGGUAAUGUCAGGGGAUACAGAACCAUUUGGGAUUCCAAUUGUUGGUAGGCCUACUAGAAAAUCAUCAAAGGAUGGUUUAGAGAUACAGAUGGCUACUAAUUUUGCUGGUAUUUUCCAUUUUUUGGAUUUGUUACAACCUAGUUUAAAAGCUCAACCGCCAGAUCGAGACGUUCGAAUAAUAUACGUGACAUGUUGGUUACAAAGUAUGGGUAGAAUUAACAUUGAAGAUCCGUUGUGGCAAGACGUUAAAUAUAAUAGUGCAUUGAAGUUCUUUUCCUCUAGUAAGUUGCAAAUGGGAUUGAGUUUGAUGGAAUUACAAAGAAGAUUACAGAAGAGUAUUCGGGAGCAAAAGAGCAAUGAUGGAGUUCAAAGAACAGGUAAUAAUAUAUCGAUAUCUGUGGUGCAGCCAGGCACGAUGAGAUCCCAUAGUUUAAGACGAGUGAUAAGUAAUGGAUCGAUAAUGAUGUUGCUAAUAGUUUACUGCAUAAUAUUGUAUCCGCUCUUAUGGUUAUUUACCAAGAGUGGUGACCGUGGUGCCCAAAAUAUACUGUAUGCUUUGAUGACACCUGAGUUUGAACAAGUUAAUGUUGAAAAUGAUGUCAAUGAAGUUAAAUACGUUUCUGAGUGUAGCACUAUGAAAUUCAUUAGAAAAGAGUAUGGUGAUGAAGUGUUGCAAGGGAAGUUGUAUGACAACACUAAGAAUGCGAUUUCGUUAUUAGAAAAGAAAAUGGCGAUGAAGAGAAAUGCUGAUAAUAAGACGAAGACGAAGACUAAAACCGAAUCUAACUCUAACUCUAACUCUAACUCUAACUCUAAAUCUAAAUCUAAAUCUAAGUCUAAAUCUAAGUCUAAAUCCAAAGGGAAAGAGAAGGAAGCUAAGAAGACCAAGUAA